AUGAUUUCGAAGGAGGAAGAUUACUUCGACAAUGAAUAUUACAAGAUAAAUCUUCAAUUUUUUCGUUUAAUUGGAUUAUGCCAAAAGACGUCAUCUAAGAACAUAAUUCACAUUUGUUUUAUUAAUUUCAUAUUAGCUUUUGCAUUAUUCGAACAGAUGAAAAAAAUUCUUUUUCGUAUCAAGUCUGAUUGGGAUGACCUAGCAAACAAACCAGAACUAGUGAUACUGAAGAAAUAUGCUGAAAUUAGUAGACUUUGUACAUUGACAAUCGCAAUCUCCUUUUAUCUUUAUAUUGUAUUUUUGAUAUUUCCAUCAUUGUUAAGUGUGUGUCGUUAUGUCAGUGGUUCUAUAAAUGAAACGGAAUUAAUAUUACCAGUUCGUGUUGACUCUAUCAUGAACAACCGGAUGCUUUACUACAUCUGGCUUAUAAUCGAAUAUAUAAUAAUAUUAAACGUGGGGAAUGUAGGGAUUGCUAACUAUUCCAUGUUUAUAGUAGUUAUCCAGCAUGCUUGUGCACUUCUCACUAUCGUCCGAUUUAUUGAUUUAUUCAAAUCGUUUUACGAAGCAAUUCAUUUGCUCGAAGAAUUCUUUGGAUUUAUAAUUAUUUUGUUGUUUCAGAUAAUUUCUUUAACUUUUAAUUUGACCGAAGGAUUAACAAAAUUCUUUUUUAUUGUUGGAACUCUUCUUAUAAUGUAUGCUUACUUUUAUCUGGCACAAAAUUUAAUAAAUCACAACGUCAACGUAUUUACAAUAUUCUGUCAAAUUCCAUUUUAUUCGUUAUCUUUGAAGACGCAAAAUUUGUUACUCGUUUUGAUAAUGAGAAGCAUGAGGCCAUGCAAUUUAUCGCUGAUGGGUGCUAUUGCUGUAUCCAAUGAUCUUUUUGCAACGUUCAUGAGUAAGUCAUUCUCCUUUGCUAUGGUAUUGUAUAGCUUGCAAUAA